AACGUCAAAAUAACAGACAAAACAUACGCUACUGCAGCUGAUGCGUAAACGGAUGUAAUUUUUCGUGAGUGGAACAUAAGCUUUUAUUCAUUUGAAAAGACUAAAAUAAUUUUUCGUUGCUCUACAAUUUAUUGCCUGUAUAGUUAGCAAUCACAGGAAUUCGAUCUGAGGUAAAUUGAAGCGAUAAUUUUGUAGAAAUACUCUUUAAAAAAAUGUGUGCUGUCGGGGUAACACCGUCACCCAGUGAGUGGGGUAAGCCCGACAUGGUCUGAGGCUAGUUGGAUGUUACUGACACAUAUUUCUCAUCUAUUACCGAUGUCUUGCUGAUAAAUAAAUUAAUUAAUCGACUUAGAACCAUACACUCAAGCUCUUCUGAGAUUUAUGAAUGAUUACAAGGGUUAUUAGAGGUGCCAAAUGUACUGAAUCAUGUCACAAAACUGACGAAUUUCCCGGUGGUAUUUGAAAAUGCUCCGGUGUGGUCAAUGUGAUCCUGGCUUCAAUGAAACUAGUCAAUAAUAUGAUUUAAAGUGCCACAUGAUAGGCUUGUCGAGUAUCAAAUUCUUUCAUUGUUUGUACAUAAUGUAAAACGGAACUUGUUCCGGCAAUCUGCCCAGAACCAGCUAACCGACAACAACCAAAUUCAAUAGUAACAUACAGAAAUUUAAGAUCUCUCAUCGGCGGUUUCCGAAUUCAAAUUGGUUCAGUUAGUUCGAGUUAAUUCAUGAACAAACUUAGGUGCCGGUGUUACCCCCAAGGGGUGCCGGUUUCACCCGCACUGAUUGCUAAACGUCGUUUUUAUCUUAGAUACAAAACUUCACUAUUCCUUGUAAAAUAACAGUUUGAAAGUACUGAAAACCUUCAUAUCUUGUAGAAAACAUUCUGGGUAAUGAUUCUGUGAAAGAUAUAUAACAAUAUUCGCCAUCAAGUGCUACUACAGAAUCAUUUUCCUUAGGGGGCCGGGUUUACCCCCAGUACCCCUAACACAAGUUAACUAAAUAAUUUUAAUUGUGGAAAUUCAUUACCGAAUAUCCCAAACGAAGACAAUUCCAAUUGUUAUUCUAACUAUAUACUCAGAAGUAAAGUUGUUGAUGUUGAUUUUUAUCACAUUCAGAGGAGAGGAGGUAAAAAGUUGAAAAGAUGCGACCUUUAUAGCCCGCUGGUCAAGCUGAUUUUUAUAGGGGGCAGUCUUUAAUAAGCUUGCGGGACAGGAAAUAUUACUUUCAAUUUUUACAGCUUCAGAUAACAAAAAUAAAAAAACAGAGGAGAUUACAAAAAACCUAAUUUAAUCAGCAAAACAAUGUUGACACCAAAUUACUGUGAGAGAUAGCAUUUUACAAAACCUCUCGUGCUAGUUAACCAACAACUUAAAAUUCCCAACCACAUUAAUCAGCGCGGAACCAGAUUGUUUACCUCUUACUAACCAGUUGUAUCUCUCGUGCCACUUAAUCCGGCGCCAGGUCGUCUGGUGUGUCCACUUUUCAUUGUUUUUCUUUUCUUCCACUCUCUGCGCCCAGAAUUAUUCAACUCAUCAAAAAGCGUGUUCGAAUCUAAGCUCGCAUCGAACACCAACCAAACGUUUAGUUGGUCAUCAAUACAAGCGUCACUGUGUUUUUAUGGUAUUUUUAGUACGCCCAUUUAUUGAGCAAAGCCCACGUGUACCCUGCGUGUGAAUUUCAGUGUAAAUUUGUUGUUGAGGUUGAGACUGUUCCACUUCAAAGCCGCCGGUGAUGGCUGGCCCCCGAUUAGUGGCACUGUUUCAGUUUGUGCCGCUCGUUGUCAGCUGUCAGUUCGCGCUUGCCGCUAGUGUGAACGAAUUCGUGCCCUUGGCGGACUACGUUAAGCUGCCGAAGCUAUUUGUGUACGACGACUUUGGUGACUGCAGAGACGCGAACCCGGACGGCUUCGUGUACUGUGUGGUGCAUGCUCGGAUUUUGCCCAACACGUCAUCGGAACUGUGGCUGAAUAUUAGUCACAUUUCCGAUGACUUCCAGCAUUUCGACCAUGCCCGGCUGGAGCGAGGUGUUUGUAUCGAAAGUUGCGAAACAACACUGCAAGCAGCCGGCACUCUCGCCGGGUACGACUGGAGCCCGAACCGAACCCACGCUAGUAUUGCAAGAUCCUGCAUUAGUGCCCAAAUUCAAAGCCAGUACGGUUUACAAAUCGAAUCCGAUGUAAACAUCUAUCACUGCUACACCGAUAGUGAUAUGCAUCCAACACUAGGAAUUCUGGAAGCCCUGUUCUACCUCUUGCUGUUUUUACUGGCGACUCUCGUUUUGUCAUCAACUGCGUAUGACAUGCGCGAAUUCAAACGGCAAGGUUAUCCAGUUUCGUAUUACCUGCGGCAACUGGAAAGCAAACGAGACCGACUGUGGGUGGCAUUUUCCAUUCCUCGGAAUCUUCACCGGCUGAAAGAUACGGUAGGUGGCAGCAUUCGGCAAGAUUUACAAUUCUUGGAAGCCUUUCGUUGUAUCGUAAUGCUGCGGGUCAUUAUACUGCACGUUAUUCUGGCUCACAUCAAGCUGCCACAAACGAACACCUUUUUCAUCGAGGGCAUUCAGCAUCGUCCCGAAACCAUCGUUUACAUAGCGGAGUUUCAAAAUUACGUGCAAACUUUUCUGUCCAUAUCGGGAAUGCUGAUGACUGUCAACUUUUUGGAGCACAUCCGGAAAAAUCCGGAUUUUGACCUCACGCACGCCUGGAAGAAGAUCCGCAGUCGGCUGUACCGGAUCGUACCGGCGUACGCGUUUGUGAUCUUUUUGCAGUGUGCUCUCAUGAAGCGAAUGAUCGAUGGUCCGCUCGGGCAGCACUUUAUCGGGGAAUCCCAAGACAACUGUCGUCGCUGGUGGUGGGCGAAUUUGCUUUUCAUUAACAACUACAUUCAAACGGAGGAACCGUGCUUGAUUCAAUCGUGGUACCUGGCGGUAGAUAUGCAGCUCUUCAUCUACGGUGUGACGGCCAUGAUGCUGAUCUGGCGAUGGCCCCAUCUGAAGGAGCACAUUUUCCGGAGUGCCUUUGUGUGUGCCCUCGUGCUUCCCACCGUUGCGUCCUACGUGUUCCAGGUGACUCCAGUUAUGACGGCGCACCUCAAGAACGCACACCACUACAGCCGGAAGCACGACUACCAGUAUGACAUCUACUUCCCGUUCCAUCAGAACAUUGGUGUUUACUCGUUCGGAAUGCUGGCCGGUUUCGUGUAUCAUCACUAUCGAGAUUCAAGGAAAGCUCUGCUCAACUCCACGAUGUUCAGGGUGAUUUUCCACGCAGCUCUGAUUCUUGUUAUUCUAAGCCUAUCAACCGUGUACUGGGUGCUGGUUUACCGGAACCACAUUGCACCGAUUCUGCAGGCAAUUUAUUCUACAUUUUUCAAACAAUCGUGGGGCAUUUUGACGACAUUGAUUCAGCUCGCGUUGGCGCUGUUUUCGGUCAACUCACCGAUCAAGAGAGCCUUUAGCCAUCCGGUUUUCGGCGUUGCCGGAAAGUUAUCCUACAGCAUCUAUCUGAUUCACUUCACGGUGAUCGAGUUAGUGUACGGCGGGGUCAUGGGACCUGUGUUUUCCAACGAACGCGUGGUGGUGACUUACUUGGCACAGGUGUUGUUGUGGACGCUUGUGAUCGGACUGGGACUGACGGUGCUAAUCGAGCUUCCUGCGGCAGCAGCUCUGAAGGAACUUUUGGAGCAAGAGAAUGCAGACAAAGCUGAAGUGCAGGAAAUACAGCUUCCGCCUGUGAUGAAUCCACCGAAACCAGUUGAAUCAUGAGCUUUAAUCCUCAAGGUUCGCUGAUAAAUCCAUGACAGAAUGUUGCGUCCGCAACUUGAGGCACGGUUGUGAGUAGUUUUAUGAGUUUUUACGAGUGUAAUUUAUUUAGGCGUAAUGAGACAAGUUUCGCGAAUCAGGAAACGUUUUUGAGCCAAUUCUUCCGAACAGCACUGAAGAAAAGUGAAUGCACUGAAAUGCGUGAUAUUACCUUGAUAUUACUGACGAUAAGUGAAUGCACUGCGUACCGUCAUUGCUGUCUUUUUUCGAUGCACUGCGACUGCGGAGAGUUCACGAAAGCACUGUAAAAGGAACAAAAGCAUUAUUCCCGGAAAGAAGGGGAUCUUUGAAGGUCGCGCUUGAUUUGGUGUACGCUUCAGAGUAAAGUUGUGUAUCGUUACAUUUAAUCUACAGCGUGGAGCACGAUCGAAAACAAAACAUGAAUUGGACGUUUGCACUCUUACAGGUAAUCUGGAAAUAGGGUGGUCGGUAUUACCGACUUUUCGAAAAACCGGUAUUUCGGUAUUCAUAAAAAUAAAAACCGGUAAAACCGGUAAAAAACCGGUAUUUUCAUUUCUAUCGGAUUAAUACAAACCAGGGAUGACUCGUGGUCUUUAAACCUACUUUUUACGUUCUUAAAAUCAUAGUUCGGGGUACUAUUUAAAAAUUAAACUGAAAAAUUAUUAAAGAUAUGGGGUGUCGAACGUCUUCGGUAGUGGUUUUCUGCCGCAGUCUUAUGCAAAAACUUGCCGAAGUAAGCCACACUGUCGAAAACGUUACCUACAUAAAUUUGGAUUUGAAAUUUAUUUUUUGCUUAGCGUCUCAGGAUGCAUCUAUGUAUGGACGUGUCGCUGCAUGAUUAUGAUUUUGCAUUUAUGAGUACCUCUGCUUCAUUACGAUCCAGAUUUUUUUCUAAGAUUAGGACCUCUGCGACCAUUAUUUUGAUCUCUUGUGGUAUACGAUCCAGAUACAACACUGGAUAACAGUGUUUGAAAAACUCCAAUGAAUGAAUCUAGUGAUAUGAUUACGAAGAACAUAAUUUCGAAACUAAUGUAAUAACGAAAAAAAACAUGCAGAUUUUUAUUUAAAUUUUCUUUCACAUCGCAAAACUUAGUUACAAAUUAGUGAACAACAUUAAAUUUCGUAGAAAAACAAUAUUUGAAACUGUUGAGAAGAGUAUAUGAAUGAAAUAAAAAAAAAGAAAUCACGAUCAAACCAGAAUUUACUUUUUACCAAUCCGAAUGAAUCGAAGGUAAAUACUUCUUUAUUCUGUUCGAUGCUCUUUAAACAAUUCGUCCAAAUUAUUUAUUAUUAUUAUUAUUAUUAUUUUAUUAAAUUUAGCUUCUAAUGAAGAAUGAACAAGUUUGUAACUGAAAUAGAAAUAAAUAUUUGAAAUGAGAGGUUGAUAAAAAAUAUAGAAAAAUAUACAAAAUUAUAGUAAAAGCAGAAACUUGUAUACGAGUGAGGCCGGGUACAUUCAGCUAGUUGCUAGUAAAAGCCCGCUGCGGUACGGGCGACGAAGCUUUGACCAUGUUACAGCUAUUUAAAUUUCACUUUUUCAAGGAGCAGUUAUAUUUAGGAUAAAAUCUUUAUUGGUUGAUUAUUUCAUCCUGUAAACACUUUGUCUCAACAAAAAAUAAAUUCCUAAUCCAAAUUUAUAUUUAUUUAUAAUUUUUUUAGUUUUACUUUUAAAUAGCACAAAAUGAAUAAUGACUUGCGUUUUUUCGAUGACAUGAUUGUAAUUACUGCCUCAUAAAUUGUAGUUAAACUGGUAGGUUUUGAACCAACCCACGCGUUGCCUCUGUGAGUAUGAGUGUGUGUAGAGAUAAGCUGUUCUACUUAAAAAAUAAAUGCUUUAUUGAUAUGAAGUUUUUUGACAUAUUAUCGAUACACACAAACACAUUGUCUGAAUCCGAGCAGAACAAACAAAAAGAUAACAAAAAUUGGUAAAUAGGUGAGGGUAAAUUAAUUUAUAAUGUUGCUUCUGUCUAAAUGUAUUUAUUAUACAGGGUGUUAGGGAGCUCACUUAAAAUCCUUCAAGGGGCGAUAGAGGACCAUGUUUGAUGAAAAAAAUCCUUCUACUCAUAUGGUCAAAAGUCAACUACUGCAGAGUCAUUCACUAAUUUCAAUUUUUGGUUAUGUUUGCCUUAAACGAGCAGAAAAUUGUGAAUUCUACCACACUAAACGAAGGCGCGGCUGAUUGCUUUUAAAGUGAAAUAUUAUCUAAACUAAAAGAAUUAGGUGCUUGGUGUCAGAGUGCAACUAGUAGAGUAGGCUGUAUAAUUUGGUUAACAACAAACUCCAUGUUUAUCACACAUUUCAGAGAGAAAAUUGCUGUUAAGUUCUCAAAAACAUUUGAUUUCAUAUUUGUUCCUUUCUAAAGGCUUCUUGUUUUUCCUAAUUCGACAUUUUUGAGAUACUAUUGAUUACGAAAUUUUCUCAGCUUUUCAAGGAAACCAACAGAAUUGAGCUAGCUAUCAUACUUCUUGUGAUAGACCUCGUUAAAGGUAAACAUAACCGAAAACUAGAAGAAGAGAAUAACUCUGCAGUAGUUAAAUUUUGACCAUAUGCGCAGAAUUUUUUUCAUCAAACAGGGUCCUCUAUCCCUUAAAGGAUUUGAUUAAAAGUGAGCUACCUUACACCCUGUAUACAUCGUCAUGUGAUUUGUAACGACUACCUAAGUGAGAAGCAUUCAUUAGCCUAACAAAGAUUUAUGAAUAUUGUGGGAAGUUUUUUUUUCCAUUUCAAGGAAAAUACCGAAAAUACCGGUUUUUUCGUCUCUCCAAUACCGGAAUUUCGGUAUUAAAAAAAAUAUCGGUUUUACUGGUUUUACCGGUUUUGUUUUACCGGUAAACCACCCUAUCUGGAAUUGAAACGGCCUUGGCAAUGUCGGUACCCUAACCGUACCGUGAAAGUAAAAUAGGCUUAUUUCUGGGAUUCCUUCAACUGUGCUUGAAGGAGCGAAUAGCAGUAUUUUCAGUCAAAAUAAAUUUUAAUCGAGUUCUUUGAUUUGAACAAAACUGAGUAUUUUCUAAGGGUGAAGAAAUUUUUUAGACUUUUAGAAGGACGCAUUUUAGUAUGUAAUUUAUUUUAAUCGUUAUAGAUCACAGCCCUUUUUAGUAAAAAAAACUGUCGAGUUACAGGGAACUCACCAGCUUUGUAAUAAUUGAAAAUAACCGAAUAAUAACUACGCUACGAUAAACCUAUCUUGUCGGAAAGAGUGGGCAUAUUUCUCAAAAUCCUUCUUAGGGUAAUUGGCACACGCAUCUUUUUAAAACAUCUCCAUUGUAGAAAAAUAUUCAUAAAUCACGCAAAAUUUUACACCAGGUUUUUUAAGUAUAAAUUUUAUCUUACUUGAGAAGCAGACUUGUAUCGAUUGUUAGAGAGAUCACAUACCUGAAAAAUAAACAAAUGAAAAGAAAAAAAUUAUUGCGAUAUAAUGUUCAUAUCUGAAUACUUUAAUCAAACGACUAGUUGCCAUGCGUGAGAUUGUAGAUUAUUGAUAUAAAGAUUUAAACAUUGGUUAGAUAUGUAAUGUUAAAUGUAUAAUAAACGCUUGCCCUGAAUAAAUAGUGGUUUAGUUUCAACUAUAGACAGUAAGAAACAGCAAAUAAAACACAUCACACACUGAAA